CAUAAAAUGUUAUAAACAUAUAAUAUAAAAUAAUUUAUAUAUAUAAUGUUCAUUACGUGCAAGGCGUGGAUCUUAACCUAGUUUACAUUAUAGCGGGAUUUGCAACUAGUCAGAUCACAGAAUAUGAGGCCUAGAAACUAGAAAAUCAGAGCGGCAGACAAAUAUAGAUAAAGCCAAUAAAAGGACGAGACGGCACAGUGUUUUGUUAAGCAAACCGGGGACGCUCUGCUGUUCUUUAUUUACUAGUGACCAGCGAAGAAAAACGUCUUGUACGUUAUAUACUAAAGUUAACCACAAACGGCACACAGUUCAAUUCUAUCGUCUAUUCGUCUUCACUCUUCAUCAUCUGGAAACUGAGAGUCGAGCUUUACCGGCGUGACGUCUUAGUUUCUCAAGAUAAAAGCCUAUUUUCUCCGCCGGAGAGAUGGAGGGAAGCGAAUCUCAGAUCUAUCACGAGCGACAAAGACUUCAAUUUUGCCUCCUGCACUCCCUCAACAAUCUAUUUCAGGACAAGAACGCAUUCACACGGGAAAGCUUGAACUCAAUCGCGGAGAGCCUCGUGGCCGAUGACCCGAACAAAGAAACGUGGACGACGCCUCUCUCCUUCCUCCUCAAGCCUCACCACAACACGCUCACAGGGAACUACGACGUGAACGUGAUGAUCGCAGCUCUGGAAGGGAAAGGCAAGAGUGUUGCUUGGCAUGAUAAGCGCCAUGGAGCUUCUUCGAUCGAUCUUGGUGCAGAUAACCUAAUGGGUGUUGUGCUGAAUGUUCCUGUGAAACGGUAUGGUGGGCUUUGGAGAAGCAGGCAUUGGGUUGUGAUGAGGAAGAUCGAUGGAGUCUGGUAUAACUUGGAUAGUGAUCUCGUUGUGCCAAGGCCGUUUAAAGGGGAAGAUGAAGUUAGGGGGUUCUUGGAUCAGAAUCUGAGUUUAGGUUCCGAGGUUUUGCUAGUGAACAAUGCUUGAAGAUCAAGAACGAACAAAACGGUGCAAUGCAAACACUAAACCAGUAACUUCUGGUAAGCAAUCCUCAGCCAAGGGACCUUAUUAUAAGAACCCGGGACGCACAACGAGCUGUGGCUUGAGGCUGCCGAGGAAAACAGAAGUCACGGCAGCAAAACUGAUCAAGCAUCUCAGCUGUAAAUUCGUCAAAGGGUUACGUCUAGUGGUGAUGAGGAAGAAUAAGAAGAAGAGAUCUCCACCGUUGAAGGCUUCUUCCACCGGUAGAUCUCAGCCUUCCGUCAUCUCUGUGGCUAAUGAUACCUGUAGAUCAGAGGCUAUAGAAGACUGCAUACAGUUCAUAAACUCCUCGACCUCGUUCACAAGAUCAAGUUCCGCCAGUUGCCGUACAUCUUAAGCUUUUAGUUACGCCCAUAAUCUCGAAGACUCUAUUCCUCAGUCACUCUUUGCCUAAGGAAUAUCAUGUAAUGUUUAUAUAUACUAAAAUCUAUAUAGAGAGAACUAUGUAAUGUAAGUGAUCUUGGGAAGCUUGGAAAGUGUGAGCUUCGUUUAUGUACAAAAAAAAAUCAUCUGUAUAUCUUGUUUAAUCUACAUAAAGUAUUAUUCA